AUGUCCACCGCGGCACCCCCCAAACAUACCACGUUUGGCACCCAGGCGCGCGCGCUCUUCAUAAAGAAUGCGGCGCAGCAGCGCCGGCAGCGCCGCACCAACAUCAUCCUCAUCCUGUACCCGGUCAUCUUCUGCAUCCUGCUCUACGUGCUGCAGCGGGUAAUCAACAAUGCACUCUCAUCCCGCGAUAACCAGUGCGGCUGCUACUGCCUGUCCUGCUGCCGGACGGACGCCGCGGGCACGACCACUUGCCGCACCAACUCCGCCGCCGACCCAUGCCAGCAGUCCGACGACUGCCAGGCGUACGACGACUCUCGCUGCGGCGUGGAGUACUCGGUCAACGGGCAGGCAGGGUAUUGCGCGGUGCCGUACCCGCCCACCUGGCCGGCGCUGAUGCAGGUGCCGCUGACGCGGCGCCGCGCUGAGCCCUGGCGCCCCGCGGCCGCCAUGCUGUACACGGGGCAGGAUGCGGCGGCCGCCGCGCAGCUGGCCGGCGGACUGUUCGGCGACGGCGCGCCUAGCGCCGCGGAGCGCGCCGCGGCGCAGGCCACGCUGGCGGCGGGGGAGGCGGCGGGCACCAUCUAUGCCUCGGGCCUGUCCCAGCUGGGGCUGACGCUGGGAACCUGGCGCCCGGUGACCGACUUCAUGACUUACUACCUCGAGCCGGGCUUCCUGCAGGGAGAGAACGCUGAGGAUUACAACGCCAGCAUGUACAUGAUGGUGGCCGACGCCGCAGCCCCGGCGGCUGUCGUCACCGCAGACCUGCUCGGCACAGCGAUCGCCGGCGCAGCCAACUCGCUGGGGGGCGGCGGCCUGGUGGCGCCCACCUUCACCCCGACCACGGGGGAGCCGGUGUGGGAGGCCAACGACAGCACCAUCAACAGCAUGCUGUACUGCGGAUACGCGCGGGCCUGGUGCAACGACACCUUUGCCUUCAACGAGAUUUCCCAGGCCUGGGACUUCCAGGACACCUCCACCACCUCGGGCACCUUCAACACUCGCAUGUGGUACAAUGCUACGGGUCGGUAUGGAGUGUACCAGACACCGCCCACCCUGGUCCGCGUGAACCAGGGCAUCAACCUGGCGACCAACGCCUUCCUGCAAGCCGCCCUGGGUCCAGACUAUCAGGCCCAGCUCCUGGGCCUGAUGGAGAUGCCCAAGGGCGCCACCAUCCUGAGUCUGAACUUCUCUGCCCUCCUGGGCCCACUCUUCUUCGUCUGGCUGGCUCAGCUGCUCCUCCCCACUAUGCUUGCCAGUCUGGUGUAUGAAAAGGAGAUGAGGCUGAGGACCAUGAUGAAGAUGCAUGGGCUGGGGGACGGCGCAUACUGGAUCAUCCAGUAUGUUUGGUUCUUCAUCCUCAACUUCCUGUACUCCAUGGUGCUCAUCGGGAUUGGGACAGCGGUUGACCUAGCCAUCUUCCGCCUCACCAGCUACAGCUACCUUGUGGUGUUUUACUUCCUGUGGGUCAACUGCCUGAUAUCCUUUGCGUUCUUGCUUUCCACCUUCUUCCGCUCGUCACGGACAGCCGUGGUGGUGGCCUUCCUCUACACCUUUGCGACGGGGCUGAUUGGCUACCUGCUCCUCACCCAGUUCAUCCAGUCGGGUCAUUGGUGGGUGAUCUUCUUGGAACUCGUUCCUGGCUGGGCGCUGUUCAGAGGACUCUGGGAGAUGGGAACGUAUGCCUUCAGGGGAGCAUACAAGAACUCUGGCGGGAUGUCUUGGUCAAGCCUGAGCGAUCCGGGCAAUGGAUCCACAGCUGUCCUCAUCAUCUUUGCUGUGGAGUGGGUGGUAUUCCUCAUCCUGGCCUGGUACUUUGAGCAGGUGAUCCCGUCUGGGGUCGGCAUCACGAAACACCCGCUCUUCUUUCUGGGAGGGAAGUUCCGCAAGAGGUCCCUGGCCGCACAGAGCACCCCUACGGACGUCGUCCAGGUGCCGCUGGAACCUGAGGACGUGCGUGCGGAGCGCCAGCGUGUCAGCGACGGCGACACGGCCGGCUCGUCUAUCGUGAUCAAGGAUUUGGUCAAGAUCUUCCCGCCCACCGGUGGAAACCCGCGUUUGGCCGCAGUCAAGGGGCUGACCCUGGCUGUGGAGCGCGGUGAAUGUUUCGGAUUGCUAGGUCCGAAUGGGGCGGGAAAGAGCACCACCAUAAACAUCCUCACCGGCUUCCUCACAGCCAAUGGAGGCAGCGUCGUGGUGGAGGGCAACGACCUACGGGAUGGGAUGAAGCCCAUCCACGCCCUCAUGGGCGUCUGCCCCCAGGACAACCUCUUGUGGGAGCAGCUCACAGCCCGCCAGCAUCUCGACUUCUAUGGCCGCCUGAAGGGCCUGAAGGGCACGGAGCUCAAGGAGGCCGUGGAUGCUGCGCUGAAAAGCGUCAACCUGUACAACUCGGGGGUCGGGGACAAGCAGGUUCAAGCAUAUUCGGGCGGCAUGAAGCGGCGCCUAUCUGUUGCGAUUUCCUUUAUGGGCUCACCUGCUGUCGUCUACCUGGACGAACCCUCGACGGGACUGGACCCAGCCUCGCGCCAGAACCUCUGGGAUGUGGUCAAGGAAGGAAAGAAGGGAAGGGGCAUCGUGCUCACCACCCACAGUAUGGAGGAGGCCACGGUCUUGUGUGACAGGCUUGGCAUUUUCGUGGACGGGCAGCUGGUGUGCCUCGGCAGCCCGCAGGAGCUGACUUCCAGAUAUGCUGACUUUUAUGUGUACACGAUCAUGACCCCUCCCGAGCAAGGAGAGGCAGCCCACAAGCUUGUGCUGUCCAUGAGUCCCAAUGCUCGUCAGACAUAUGCGUUGGCAGGGACAAGAAAGUAUGAGCUGCCCGUCGCAGAUGUGACGCUAGCAGUGGUCUUCAACGAGAUGACUGCUGCCUCCAAUCACCUCACAAUACUGGACUGGGGCAUUGCCAAUGCCACACUGGAAGAGGUCUUCAUCAAGGGAGCUAUUUAUGCGUCUGGCCUAUCCCAACUGGGGCUCAUCCUGGGGUCAGAUCGGAACAGAUUCUUUCCCACCUACUAUGUGGAGCCAUCCCUCAUCUCCACCAGAUAUUACAACGCCAGCCUGACGGCUGUGGUGAGGAAUGCCAGCUCCCCCAGCGUUUCCCUCUUCCUAGACCAGCUCGGCACCUCACUCGAUGCGCUGAGCAACGCAGUGGGACUGGGACUGGCAGUGCCCUCAAUCUCCCCCGUCACGGGCGAGCCGGCGUGGCAGGCCAAUGCGUCCGCCAUCAACAGGUUCCUGUACUGCGGCUACCCUCAGAUCCGGUGUGGCGGGCGGGUGCAGGAGGACUACGAGGUGUCCCAGGCCUGGGACUUUCAAAACACGUCGGUGGAGACGGGGCAGUACAAUGUGAGGAUGUGGUUCAAUGGAACCGGGCGUGUGGAUGUGUACAACUCCUUUCCAAGCCUCCUACGAGUCAAUCAGGGCAUCAACUUGGCUGCAAACUCCUUCCUGCAAAGAGCGCUGGGACCAGGGUACCAAUCCCGCCUCCUAGGGUUCCAGGAGAUGCCCAAGGAUGUGACGCGCCUCACCGUUAGCAUUUCCACCCUCCUGGGUCCACUCUUCUUUGUCUGGCUGAGCCAGCUGCUCCUGCCCACAAUGCUGCUGACCCUCGUCUAUGAGAAGGAGAAGAGGCUGAUCCAGUACACAUGGUUCUUCAUCAUGAACUUCCUCUUCUCCAUGAUCCUCGUGGGCAUGGGCUGGGCCGUGGACCUUCCCAUCUUCAGGCUCACAUCAUACAGCUACACAGUCGUUUUCUACUUCCUCUGGUGCAACUGUCUCAUUGGCUUCGCAUUCCUACUCUCCACCCUCUUCACCUCCUCCCGCACGGCUGUGGUCACUGCCUUCCUGUUAAUCUUUGGAACGGGGCUCAUUGGCUUCCUGCUCCUCUCCCGCUUCAUCGACAACGGACACUGGUGGGUCAUCUUCCUGGAGCUGAUUCCCGGCUUUGCUCUGUACCGAGGGUUCUAUGAGAUGGGGGCGUACGCCUUCAGAGCAACCUUCAGCCCGGGUAGCACCAGGGGCCUCCAGUGGUCGACCCUGAGCGACCCAGGCAACGGCUCUAUCGCUGUGCUCAUCAUCUUUGCAGUGGAGUGGGUCAUCGUUGAGCCUGAGGAUGUGCAGGCCGAGCGUGCAAGAGUGGAGAAUGGUGGAGCCGAUGAAGCCUGCAUCCAGAUCAAGUCCCUCGUCAAGAUUUUCCCAGCUGUUGGUGGCAACAAGCGUUUGGCCGCAGUCAAGGGGCUGACCAUGGCUGUGGAACGCGGCGAGUGCUUUGGUCUGCUAGGCCCAAACGGGGCCGGGAAGAGCACAACCGUCAACAUCCUCACCGGAUUCCUCACAGCCACACACGGCUCUGUGAUCGUGGAAGGCCACGACACCCGGAACGGCAUGAGGCCCAUUCACUCCAUCAUGGGAGGAGAGGACCUGGAGACUGCCAUCAUCAAGUCCUUGGCUUCUGUGAACCUGUUACACGGCCGAGUGGGAGAGAAGCAGGUGCUGUCGUACUCUGGCGGCAUGAAGCGCCGCCUGUCUGUCGCCAUCUCCUUCAUCGGUUCGCCCGUUGUCGUCUACCUCGAUGAACCUUCAACGGGCCUGGACCCUGCAUCCCGGCACAAUCUGUGGGACGUGGUCAAGGAAGGAAAGGAAGGAAGGGGCAUCGUGCUCACCACCCACAGCAUGGAGGAGGCAAACAUCCUCUGUGACAGGCUGGGCAUAUUUGUGGAUGGGCAGCUCGUUUGCCUCGGCACCCCCAAGGACCUGACCACUCGAUUUGGGGGAUACUAUACCUACUCCCUGGCUGGCACGCGGAAGUAUGAGCUCCCAGUGUCUGACGUGACCCUGGCGGGAGUUUUUGAGGCUAUGACCACAGCCGCUGCCCACCUCACCAUCCUGGACUGGGGCAUCGCCAAUGCCACCCUGGAAGAGGUCUUCAUCAAGCUCGCCAAACAUCUCGGCGUGGAGGGCGGCAACUGA